ACGCCGACGUCAGAGCACUCGAAGAAGAGCCCAGUUUUGGAGGAAACAUGGCUUCACCUGCCGGUUGUGAGCACUAUGUGCGUAGCUGCUUAUUGAAAGCACCUUGCUGUGGUAAACUGUAUGUGUGUCGGCUGUGCCAUGAUGCGGAGGAGAACCACCAGAUGGAUCGAUUCAAAGUCCGAGAGGUGCAGUGUUCAGAGUGUGAGACAGUGCAGCAGGCACAGCAGACUUGCCAGCAGUGUCAUGUGCAGUUUGGGGAGUAUUACUGUGACAUUUGUCACUUGUUCGACAAGGAUAAGAAGCAGUACCAUUGUCUGCCCUGUGGAAUAUGCAGGAUUGGACCCAGAGAGAAGUAUUUCCAUUGUGAGAAGUGUAAUCUGUGUUUAGCCCAGGAUCUGCGGGGAAACCACAAGUGUGUUGAAAAUGUUUCACGGCAGAACUGCCCAGUGUGUAUGGAGGAUAUUCACACAUCCAGAAUUGGAGCUCACGUUCUUCCAUGCGGCCAUCUUUUACACAAGACCUGCUUUGAUGACAUGGUCAGAACAGGAGCGUAUCGCUGCCCCUUGUGUAUGCACUCGGCCUGGAACAUGGAGGAACACUGGGAUCAGAUAGACAAAGAGGUUGCCCAGUCACCGAUGCCCACUGAAUACCAGGGUGCCACAGUCAAAAUUAUAUGUAACGACUGCCAAACCCACUGCACGGUGCCUUUCCACGUGCUGGGAAUGAAGUGCAGCGGCUGCGGCUCCUACAACACGGCACAGGACGGAGGACUCAUCCAGCAGCGCCAACAGCAGCAGCAGACGGAGCAGGACACGGAGAACGAGGCAGAAACGGACACAGAGCCAGAGCAGCAAGAUCAACCUCAGUCACCCACGGCACAUUAGAAAAAAAACACACACUGAAUUUGUACUUUAGAUAUUUGGCUGGUGCACUUACUUGUACUAACCAUUGAGUGUAACGUUAGGCUGAGUCAAUAUUUUGAAAUUGUACAUUUUACAAAUAUGUCAUCUAUUUUCUGUACCAGCUUAUGCUCCUUUAAUGGCCGCAGCCUAUCCCAGCAUGCACUGGGUGAGAUGAAGGGUAUCAGGCUGUCACAGAACUAACACAUUCACAUCUACAAGCAACUAACUGUCAGAAUCUGGUAACACUCUAUGAAGCCCAUGCCUAUAAUGCAUUAUAAGCAUACUUAUAAUGCGUUACCAUCUGCUUAGAGCACUGUAUAGUUAUACUUCAAAGCACUCAUUAAUAUGUAUAUGCUUUAUAACACUUAUAACACAUUAUGAAACAUACCUUAUUAGGUCAAGUAUUAUAAUACUUUGCUGGUGUCUCACUGACAUUCCUUUUGCAGGCCAAUGGCUAUGUUCAUGUUCUGUAAUGCAUUAUAAACAUAUGGUGUGUUAUAGGUAAACCUAACCUUAUAAUCACAAUAGCAUCCAUUACAACUGAUAAUAAUGCAUUAUAACAAAAAAGGUUAUGUAUUAGAAGUAUGAGAGUUACAAUGCAUUAAUAUUGUUGCAAAAAAAGGUCUAUGAGAGACCAGCAAUUAUUAUGAAGCAUUAUGAUACACAGCCUCAUAUAUCCUACUAUGCUUUAUAAUGUGUUAUGAUUAUUACUUCACAGCAUUAUGCAUAGUUAUGAGUUCUUAAAACUGUACUUAUACAGUGCUAUAAACAGAUUAUAAGACAUUCAUGGAUUUAUUGCUCCAGUAUUGGAGCAAGCUGGACUGUUAAAUUCAUGGACAUUGCCAAAAGUCAUAUUUAAAUGCUCUCAGUAAGAGACUGUAUUGUAUCUGUCUGUGCAACUACAGUUUUGCAAAUUUGUCAAGCUCAAAUAAAAAUGACGACUAGCCUCAGACAGAAGUCGGCGUGAUUAACAAAUAAGUAAAUUUGCAUGUUUCCUGAUAGCAAACCACAAGAUAAUGUGCAAGCCAUGUGCAUAAGUUCAAAUCAAGUUCAGGAUUUGUUAAAGUGAAACCCACACACACACCGCAUUUAAAAUGGGUCGAGGAGAAAUGUCCAAAAAGGUGCACAUGUGGACCUUUCUCUUGCACUUGUCAGUCUUUCUUCUUUUCUGCAUGGAAGCCCUGUCAGUUAAAGAUUAAACAGAUAGUAUCUUUAAAUUAGAGCUCUUAGACAAAAACAAACAAAGAACUUAUGUAUUUAUUUUACUUAACUAUCUUUACUUAUAACUAUCAUUUAUAGAGCCUAACAAGGCUGUUGUUUUGUAGCAUACAUGUAACAAAACUGCAGCAGUUUCACAACGUCAACUGCUUGUUUAAACAGGUUGACAAUUAUGUUCAUGUCUAAGGACGUGUUGAUCUCCUGUUACUGGCAGUGACUUUUUUUUACAGUCCUUGGGUUGUAUUUGAGGGUCGGCACAAACAACCUGUUGGUUUGGAAUCUGCUUUUAGUCCUCAAAUGACAGAUUUCAUUCUCUUUCUGUUUUGCCUCUCAUUUUAUGUUUGUCUCAUGUCUAAUUGUUCUGUCAGUUUUUUUUAUUUAAGUAUGACAGGCCAGUACUGAAAGUUUUGAUAAGCUGACAAAUAAUUAUUUUUCAUUAACCUAGUCAAAUAAUUAAGCUAAGGAAUAUAGUUGGUCCAAAAAUUGUGGAUUGAGCCUUUAACCUGCUCAUUUUCUAAAGCCAGCCAAGAAGGCAACAGUUUGGACUGCGGCAUUGAAAAAAAGUUCUCUGUCUUACCUAUUGGUUAUGAUAAGCUAAUAUGACAUAAUGUCAUCAUACAUACAGUGCUGUAAUAUCUGGUUUGGCUGAUAUACGGCUCUUGUGUUUUUGCAACUUGCAAGUGUGAAGUGACAUCUUAAUCUUUACAAUGACAGUAAGACACUACCAAUAAACAUAAUUUUACUAAACUACGAUGAACUAUUGUAUUGCCUAUUGAAAAAAAAAAAUCAUUGAAUUAGAGAUAAGAACAUUUAUUCACAUUUUCAUUUUCAGCGGCUCAUGAAUACAUUUGAGAUGUUACAUUUCUAUUGUAUUUAUAUAGCAGUCUUGUAUACUAGCACCAUUCUAACAUAAUGAUCAGCAAUGCAGGACAUGUUAAAUGAAAGUAGAAGCCAAGUAUAGUCAGGAUAUUUAAUUCUGAUACAACAUAAAGUGACCCAGUAACCUGGCACCUGUUCUAUGAAGUGAGUUUACCAGAUAAGCCAGGCUUAUUUUGGUUAGCCUAACCUAUUUUAGUUGAUAACAUAGUUCGAGCUAAUGACGACCUAUGCUGAGAAUUAGCUAGUUAAAUUUGCUUUUUGGAAUCAAAUCAACUGAAAAUAAGUCAGAUCGACCGACAGUAGCUCUGCUUAUUUCGUAAACUCACUUUGUGGAACAAAGAUUAAAAUCGUGUGUUCUUGAAGAGUACCUAUUGUGACAUUUUUUUACACUUAAGUGAACAUUCGACUCUGACAUUAUAUUGUGUAUAAUCUGUCUUGAUAUGUCAUAGUUUGUGUCUAGUUUUUAUU